CAUAAUCCUAUUCAAACGACAUGUUUCGCAAGAAGGCUGCGGCUUCACGGAAACCGGAAAUAUUGGGCUGUAGGCAUCUAGGGUCUGGAUAGUAGAAUGCCACAGUCACAGGACGAACCAGUGAUAUCUCGCUCAGAUCAGUGUCAAGAGUCGUCAUCAUAGGUACCGCCAUCAUGACAACCUCGGAGGUCAACAGCCUCAACCUCCUCGACCUCCCCGUGGAUAUUCUCAGCAUCAUCCUGAAGCCACUCGUCACAUCUUUAACGCCCAUAUGUCUCUGCCCAUGCACUAGAUCACCCGUCAACCCGCUGCCCAUUCUCCUCUCUCACCCAGCGCUACACACCAUCGCCACUCCGCUACUGUACGCAGGAAACGAAUUCUUACUGGACGCAUCAGGGCCCCAUGCACAGCACAUCCGCAGGGAAUUACAGAGCGCUCCGCACGGAGCCGACGACAGACUUCCCGGCCGAGCUACGCUGCUCACAACACCAGAUGCUCUACGCAGAAUAGCAAGACUGGAAGUACGAAUUGACCGCUUAAGAGGGUGGAUAGGAACAGAUAUUAUACCACUGCUCACGGAGCUAGCUGUGCAAGGAAGGAUGGACUACCUCACAGUCUGGGUUCGCACCCCCGUCGAGCCGAGGACUCCGGUCCAUUUCCGCCCUGCCAAGCCGGGAAAAGAUCUGGACAUGUUUGCACGACCACCUCUGGAGGGCCUCCUGCGUGUUCUGGCAGAUCCAUACCUACUGUCAGCGCGGUUAUGGGUAGACGCGCGGCAUACGAAGACAUGGUGCCGGUUCCAUGCCGGAGGAUGCGGAGCGGAGAGUGGAGACCCGGGACGGGAGCGGGAGAGGGUGGGGAUUGAUUGGCGGGAGAUAAUCCGGGUGGUAGAUCCGGACAGAAAGGAGAUUACGGUCAUAGGCACUGAGAAGAAGUGGUGAAUUUCACAGGCAAGGCAACUGAACACCAUGAGGAUGAUCUUUCAGCAUUUGACGCUUGUGGUACAUGAAUGAAAGCUGAGGGUGUGUGUUGUACGUGGCGGAUUAUGGACGGUCAGAGACGGCACAGAAGCCGAGAUGUGCAGUGGCUCUGUAUGGGAUGAAGAAGAGGGUGUGCGGUAUGGUUACUCCUAAGAAUUGAUCAACAUGUGAAGGUUUCUCAGAUAGAUCAUCAUGCUGAAGGGUGCAUAUCUGGGAGCGACAGAGGGAUUUGCCAGCUACGACUCAUCAGCAUGUUAUCCCAAAGCGUAUCAUCAAGUGUCAGGGAUUCAAAGACUAAAGGUUAGGCUUAAAUUGAGUAAACUUAUAAACUGGUCACGAGAUCUAUAGCGCAGUAUGCUUGGACCUCUGGGCAAGUAGAAUAAAAGUGAUCAGCAUGAGCAUCUUGUGUGCCGUCUUGGCGAUGCUGUUUAACCC